AUGGCCGCCAACGACCGUAUCCGCAUGGAGUGCGACAAGUGCGGGUACAAGUGUGUGCCGCAGUGGCUGAACGACAAAGCACACUGCCUCAAGUGCCAGGCCGUGCUGCGCACGAGAGGCACCGUCCACGACGCGCAGCGCGAGGUCUUCGGAGCGGAGGCCAACGGUGAGAACCGCCGCGCCGCCGGGGAGGUCAGCACGUUCAAAGUGGCGCCCUCCAGCGCCAUGGAGUCGGUGGGCGGCACCUGCGCCAAGAGCCCCAGUGGCCAGCACCACUUCAAGUACGGCAAGUGCAACCAUUGCCAAGUGGCAGAGGGGAAGUUGGUCAAGGGCCCAGGCCACUAG